AUGAUAGCGAGGAUAGAGCAGGAGAGCUCCCUUCAAAAGGAGGUGCUGCAGGAGGCCCUUAGGGAGAAGGAAUUAGUGGAUGCACGGAGAGAGGAGCUGGCCAGGCAACAGAAGGAGCGUGUGGUCUUGGAGGAACCAAGUUAUGCGGAGAUACGCACUGUGUCGCCAGUGCGCGUUCACAGCCCACACUCUGAAAGCAAACAGGUCAUCAUGGGUAACACCCAGCAGGUCCCAGACCAGACCAAGCACAUGAACACAAUUCAACCGCAAUGCAAUGACAGCACCGUAGCAAGUGCAGUUGACGAGCUGUCCAUGGUCCUGACCACGCUGACAGAGGAGUUGUCCACGGUCCUGACCACGCUGACAGAGGAGUUGUCCACGGUCCUGACCACGCUGACAGAGGAGUUGUCCACGGUCCUGACCACGCUGACAGAGGAGUUGUCCACGGUCCUGACCAUGCUGACAGAGGAGUUGUCCACGGUCCUGACCACGCUGACAGACGAGCUGUCCACGGUCCUGACCAUGCUGACAGAGGAGCUGUCCACGGUCCUGAACACUCUGACAGAGGGCUAUAAGAGGGUCUGUGAGUGCUGUGCGUUGUGUGGGGGUAAGGGCUAUAAGAGGGUCUGUGAGUGCUGUGCGUUGUGUGGGGGUAAGGGCUAUAAGAGUGUCUGUGAGUGCUAUGUGUUGUGUGGGGGUAAGGGCUAUAAGAGGGUCUGUGAGUGCUUAGAGAAGUGUGAGGUGGCUCUCUCCUCUCCUCUCCCUCACACAGCCUUCACUGCCUCCACAGUCUUCACCAGUGGAUACGCUCCAGGCUACGCCAAGCUCAACCGGAGAGGAGGUGCAGGGGGCUGGUCUCCCCAGGACAGCGACAGCUACCCGUGGCUCCAGGUGGACCUGGGCAGCCGGAAACAGGUGGUUGCCGUGGCAACGCAGGGCAGGUACAGCAGCUCUGAUUGGACGACGAGGUACAGGCUGCUCUACAGCGACACGGGCAGGAACUGGAAGCCCUAUCAUCAGGAUGGAAACAUAUGGGCGUUCUCAGGCAACUCCAACACGGAGAGCGUGGUGCGACACGACCUGGCACAAGGCAUUGUGGGCCGGUUGCUGCGUUUUGUACCAUUGGACUGGAGUGGAGAGGGACGCAUCGGCCUCCGCAUAGAGGUCUACGGCUGUUCCUACUGGGCAGACGUAAUAAACUUUGAUGGACAGGGAGUUAUAUCGUACCGAUUUAAGGUGAAGAAGAUGAAGAUUAUAAAGGAUGUGAUCGCUCUGAAGUUUAAAACGUGGGAUAGUGAAGGAGUCAUUCUACAUGGAGAGGGACAGCAAGGAGAUUAUAUUACAUUGGAGCUACGCAAGGCCAAACUACUGCUGCAGAUUAACCUAGGCAGUAACCAGUACGGUUCGAUCCUUGGCCACACCUCUGUGACAUCUGGAAGCCUAUUGGAUGAUCACCACUGGCACUCUGUGGUGAUAGAACGAUACCGACGCAACGUUAACUUCACACUGGACACACACACACAACACUUCAGGACCAACGGAGAGUUUGACCAUCUGGAUCUAGACUACGAGUUGAGUUUUGGUGGCAUGCCCUACAGUGGUAAGCCAAUGGGAGGUGGGAUGAAGAACUUCAGAGGCUGUAUGGAGAGCAUCAACUACAAUGGAGAUAACAUCACUGAUCUGGCACGACGCAAGAAGCUAGACACAUCCAGCUUUCGUAAUCUGUCAUUCUCUUGCGUGGAGUCUCACUCCUUCCCAGUUUUCUUCAACGCCACCAGCUUCCUGCAGCUCCCAGGAAGAGCCAAUCAGGAUGUACUAUCACUGAGAUUCCAGUUCCGCACCUGGAAUGCCGAUGGACUCCUCCUCUUCAGUAACCUUGACGAUGGAACGCUUGAGAUCGCCCUUGACGACGGGAAGAUCGGCGUUCACUUCAACGUGACGCAGACGAAGAACACCAGGAUAGAAAUAUCAUCAGGUUUGGGCCUUAACGACGGCCAGUGGCACGCGGUGCAUCUAGUUGCUAAGGAGAACUCUGUCAUGUUAACGAUCGAUGGAGACGAAGCAUCAGCGGUCCGAACCACCACGCCUAUCACCAUCAGGACUGGUGGAACAUACCAUCUGGGAGGGUACUUCCUGCCUACCUUAGCCCCUCCCAUCCAGAGGUCGUUCCAGGGCUGCAUGCAGGCGAUUAUAUUGGAUGAUCAGCCGGCGGAUAUGCAUGCCGUGGAGAAAGGCAUUGUGGGUGUGUUUGAGAACGUCAGCUUGGACAUGUGUGCCAUCAUAGACAGGUGUAUGCCUAACCAUUGUGAGCAUGGAGGCAGGUGUAAACAGACAUGGGACAAUUUUAGCUGCACCUGCGACAGAACCGGAUACACUGGAGCCACCUGCCACACCUCGUUGUUUGAACAGAGUUGUGAGGCGUAUAAACACCUGGGCAGAUCUUCAGACACAUACUGGAUAGAUCCGGAUGGGAGUGGACCCCUUGGACCUUUCAAAGUCAACUGCAACAUGACAGAAGACAAGGUGUGGACUACAGUGGUAAAUCAUCUUCCAGCCCAUACCUCAGUAACCGGAUCUAGCAGAGAGAGACGCACUGUUCUGCAACUCAACUACAGUGCCUCUAUGGAACAGGUCACAGCUAUUACCACCAGUGCUGAACACUGUCAACAACAUGUGUCGUAUGCCUGCCGCAUGUCCCGACUGCUCAACACACCCGAAGGGACCCCCUACACGUGGUGGGUGGGUAGGAGCAGUGAGAAACAUUUCUACUGGGGAGGAUCAGGCCCGGGGAUACAGAAGUGUUCCUGUGGUAUCGACAGGAACUGUACUGACCCCAAAUACGACUGUAACUGUGACGCUGACAACAAACAAUGGAGAGAGGACAGUGGUCUGUUAGUGUAUAAGGACCAUCUGCCAGUCAGACAGGUUGCCGUGGGUGACACCAACCGGCAAGGUUCAGAGGCCAAGCUUACCGUCGGGCCACUCCGUUGUCAAGGAGACCAUAACUACUGGAACGCGGCGUCGUUCACCACGCCCUCCUCCUACCUACAUUUCUCCACCUUCCAGGGAGAGACCAGCGCUGAUAUCUCCUUCUACUUCAAGACCAGCGCUCCCUACGGGGUGUUCCUGGAAAACCUUGGCAACACCGACUUCAUACGCCUCGAACUCAAAUCUCCUACUGUUGUCUCGUUCUCCUUUGAUGUGGGGAACGGUCCAGUAGAGUUGGCCGUCCAUUCAGCCACGCCCCUCAACGAUGACCAAUGGCAUCGUGUGAUGGCGGAGCGGAACGUGAAGGAGGCGGUGCUACAGCUGGAUCUGAACUAUAGGGAAGCUCUUCCAGCCGCUCCACAAGGACACACACGGCUAGAGCUGUUUAGUCAGCUUUAUGUGGGGAAGCCUGCUUCGUUGACCUGCAAAGACAGUGCAGCAGGGGGUCAGAGGGGGUUUCUGGGAUGCAUCCGCUCCCUCAGGAUGAAUGGUGUGACACUUGACCUUGAAGAGAGGGCCAAGGUAACUCCAGGUGUAAAGCCAGGAUGUCAGGGUCAUUGUACCAGUUAUGGGAUGUACUGCAAGAACGGAGGAAAGUGUGUGGAAAAAUAUAAUGGCUACUCCUGUGACUGCACUGCCACGGCAUACGACGGACCCUUCUGCACUAAAGAUGUGGGGGGCUUCUUUGAGGCGGGGACCCUGGUGAGAUACAACUUCCUGUCAGAGGCAGCGGCAGCCAAUCAGGACGCAAGGUUCCUGGCCCAACCUCUGACUCCACAGGAAGUGAAUCUGACAGUAGAAGAAGUAGCAUUUAGCUUCAGCACAUCCAACACACCGGCUAUACUGCUGUACGUCAGCUCCAAGACACAAGACUACCUGGCACUGGUGCUACGGCAGAAUGGAACUCUCCAGGUGCGGUAUAACCUGGGCGGUCUCAAGGAGCCGUUCACCAUAGACGUGGACCAGCGUAACCUAGCCAACGGACAGCCACAUACUAUCAACAUGUCCAGAACCAACAGAACUAUCACCAUACAGUUGGACCACUACCCCCCUGUCAGCUACUCUCUCCCAGAGGCAUCAGACACACAGUUCAACCUGGUCAAGACAUUAUUCCUGGGGAAAGUAUUUGAGACCGGAGUGAUAGACCCAGUGCUUAUAGAGCGUUAUAACACUCCAGGGUUCGUAGGCUGUCUGUCACGUGUCCAGUUCAACGGAGUCGCACCCCUGAAGACUGCCCUAAGAAACCCUGUAGCAGACAGACCGACAGACAGACAGACAGACAGACCGACAGACAGACAGACUGUGCCAGUGUCCUACCAGGGUAAACUGGUAGAAUCUAACUGUGGAGCAUCACCUCUCACCAUCCCACCAAUGUCUGCUGUCACCGAUCCUUGGCGCCUGGACUCAGGUGCAGAGUUCCCAUUCAACGAGGAGAGAGUGAUCCCAGAUGGAGUCAACAGGAACUCAGCCAUUAUAGGAGGUAUCAUUGCCGUGGUGAUUUUCACUAUCCUGUGCACGCUGGUGUUCCUGAUUCGCUACAUGUUCCGUCACAAGGGCUCCUACCACACCAAUGAGUCGAAAGGGGCGGAGCCAGCCAGUGGAGAAUCAGCUGACACCACCAUCAUCUGCGCCGAAACCAACCCGGAAACCAUUGAUGAAUCAAAGAAAGAGUGGUUCAUCUAACUGCCAAUUGAAAGACAGAUGAGAAGUGGAGAGUUGGAUGUUCGUCUGUUGACCAAGCACAGGAGAGAUGGAUGGAAACGUUGUGUCCCUACUGGAUGGUGGAGGGAUUGGAGUGGGUGAAAGGAUGUGUACAGAAAUCAGAUUUCUUUUCAUAACUGCAGAAGAAAGACGAGACAGUCUAUUGGAAGGUUGCGUUGAGAGUUGAGAGACUAAAUCUGUACAUAGUCUUUCUUUGUAUUGUGUUCAAGCAUUUCCAAGAGUCCUUUGAAUACAGAAUAGUUAUAUAACAGCAGAUCUGGAUCAAAUACAUUCAAAUACUUUAGGUUUUUAGAAGUGCACUUGAUUUAGUUUGGAGUUUGCACCAUUAGGACUAUUCUAUUGUCCCCAUUGUACCAGGCAAACUAAAUCAAGCACAGCUCAAGUAUUUGACCUAUGUAUUUGACCUCUGUAUAAUAAUAAUAAUUGAUCAUAUGCUAGCAAAGACUUGUUUGUUUGAAAGAUUAUGCCAAAUCAUCUGUUUUGGCAUUUCUGUUGGUCAUGCUUACAUGUCCAUGAUCCAUAUCCACUCCAACAUUAUUUCUCAAACCAAUCCAUAAGGUGUUACCAGAGAAACAUGGAUGCCAAAAGUCCAGCUGUAAAUAUGUGUUAUUUAUAAAUAUAUUUUAUUUCUUUUUUAAUAUAUGUUUAUUCAGAGACAUUGGUACUAUACAUUGACAAGUCAUUUCAGAUAAUAUUUCUAAGCAUAGCACAUAUCCACAUAUGAGAGGUUUAAUUUAAUUAUGACAUUAGAUUGUAUCCACGAGAAUACCUUCUCAUCGAUGGUUGGAGAGGAAUGUCUCAAAGCAUGAUGGGAAAACAUAGCAGAACCAUAGCUACACACUGCAUGGCAGUUUGCUUUCUGUCCUUCCUCUGAGAACGAGUGAACUCUUGAACUUUCAGCGUGUUUUCUGUUUCCAAACACUUGUUUUACACUGAGAGAGAAAAACAUUAGGAACACCUCCCUAAUAUUGAGUUGCACUCCCUUAUGCCCUCAGAACAGCCUCAAUUCAUCGG